CCGACCUCCCGCACAGCACUGUACCGCAAAGGUACGGUAAACAGGACCUAACCACCAUGUACAAAUACUGUGUGUGUUUAUACUGCCACUACUCGUUGUACUUACAUACUGCAUUGGACCGCUACGGACCGCAAUGACUCCUGCACAGCACCGCCCUGCUCCGAGCGCCGACCCCCUCACAGCACCGGCGCACACACAGCACGGGAACGUACAGAUGUCACGAUCGGAGGACACCCAUAAGCUUGAACGAAAGCGAUGGGAGAAGGAACUCGCUGAAGCCAACACUGGUAUAGCCGCUCAACAGCGCCGGAUAGAACAUCUGGAAAGUCACCUCAAGAGGUCCGACAACCCAUGUCGGUACGACUUCGAAGAGGUCGAACGACUCAGAAGUACACUUGCAACGUCCGUGGAAUCAGUCUUUGAACUGAAAAGACGGCUCGCCACCGGGGAAAAGGACCUGGCUAACACGCAAACAGCCUUGGUUGAAUCGGAACUGGCAGCAGAGACAUUCCACCAGCAGUUGAAUCAAGCCAACGAAGAGGCUGAAGUGUACCGAAAUGAGGUCGACAGAUACAUUGUCGAACUCAAGCAGGCCGACAACGAGGUCGACCGGCAGAACACCGGAUCGAACAACUCGAAACGGAGAUGGAAAUUCUCUUGGCCAGAGCAGGACGACAGCUCAUGGCUCACUAUAGCCAGCAACCUGCCUCACCUGACCGAAGUACACAAAAUAUAAUAUUUAUUGCCGCUCCUUUGUGGUUGAAGCACAGUAUCUGUAGUUAAAUUGAUUAUAUUAAUUACCAAUAAACUGCUGGUGUGGGAUGCAACUAGUUGGUGUACAGCCGCAUGUCACCGGCAGCUGUAAGGAACCUGGACAUGUUGCUCAGCUUGCAAAAAUUCCAAGCGCCGAACAUAUCAGUUUUUGGAUAACGGAUACUUUUUUAUCUUUUAGUGAUUGAGACUGGGGGUAUUUGGCCCCCGCUAUGAGUGACCUGUUGCAUUUCAUGGGCCGUCAAAUUCGAGACUUAAUUGAAAAAGUGCGUUCUACUGCUUUCGAUUUUGGUUGUUUUUGAUUGAUUAAAUAUUAACUUUCUGGUAGUGUCC